AUGUACAGAUUGAGGUCAAAAGCCUACGACAUGCUAAAUUUUGAGGUGGUAUGUGAGCCCCCAGCAAAUUCGCUGAAGCCAGCCCUGAUAACUGCUACACGCCAAGCAGCGCAGCAAAUUUUGCGCAAAGCCAGAGAAUGGAGGCGCGUACGGUUUCGUUCAAUUCCGGAUAUACAGGAUAUCACUCCACGUCCGGACAAAAUUCCCGGAAUUGUGAAAAUGCCGGAUUCGCCACCAUCGGUCAGGGGAAAUGCGACAUCAGAAAUUGCUACGGACAUGGUUGCCACCGAUUCAUCAAACGAUCAAAUUGUUGCUACCAUUCAGCGAGAAGACGACUCUGAACAAAACCCAACUGUCAUGUCCGAGAACGAUGGAGUUAGGUUUUUACCGUCUGCAGCACAGUGUUAUGCGGAAAUCAAGUUGACAUCAGGUGAAGGUUCUGCUGUGGAAGAAGCAGUAGAAAUUCACGAAGGUUCUUCAGAAAUGAAAACGGAAGUCGAUAACUCUGUGAUUUCUGUUCCAGCGAAAGUUGCAGAUGAAUAUGUUGCUGUGGAAGAAACAAAGAACGCAGAAAGUGCGUCGGAAAAAAAAUUGGAAAUCGCUAAAUCUAUUAAUUCUGCUCCAGCAAAAGUUGUAAAUGAAUAUGUUGCUGUGGGAGAAAUUGCGAAAACAGAAAUUUCGUCGAAUGAAAAAAUGGAAGUCGACAACUCUGGAACUUCUGCACCACCGAAAGCAAUUUCAGCAACUAAAAAAUCGAAACGAUGGGCGACGGAGCCGAGUGGUAUCUGGGUACGUGGCGAGAGGUUGCGGGGCUGCUCGAAAUCUGCUGACGAGGUGGAUAUGGAUGAUUUCAGGGUACGUAAAUGGCUGCAAAAUAUUCCGGAAGAAGUUGAUAGUCCACAGACAGAUGUGGAGAAUGAUGAUAUUGUUUUCCUGGGUAUUCAGCAAGGAAGUAAUUUGCCUCGAAAGUUAUCAUUUGGAAAGCGAAGUGGUGCUGUUGAAGAAGCCAGGAAAUCUGCGCCACCUGAGGCAAAGACGAAAGCUUUGCAAGAUUCAAAUGGCCAAGAAUGCGAGUUUGAACCUAGUCGCAAAAAGAGGCGUGUUUUGGCCGAGGAAAGUAUCGUGGAUUGUGCUCCAUUUCCAAGCAUUUCGAACGUUGGCUACGCCCAAAUUGCGCCAAUUGAUUAUGAGUUACCAUUUAAAGAACGUCCUUGCGCUGCGCCAAAUGCAACUUCAUGUGCUGCAUUUUCAUUCCGGAAGAUCAUAUCGGAAAAAGAAGUGGCUGUAGACAAAAACGCUGAACCAUGCGCCGCUAGUAUUCCACCCACUGGCAAUAAAAACAAAAAAAGGGUAAGGCGAAGGUCGCAAUGGAAAGUUAAGUCUCAGUUGAACAUGCAAGAAUUGGAACAAAAUUUGUGGAGCGAAGUGAGCAGGCCUAUGGAAGCGGAUGAACUAUCGGUAGACAGAGGCACAACGCGCGAACUGCGCAACUGGCUAGAAGCCUGGAAAACGCGACUACACAGAAGCAGAAAUCACCAAACAGAUAAGAAAGUGAAGCGGAGAAGACAUGAUAUAUGUCAAGAUUCAGAUGAUGACGAAAACAAUUUAUACAAUACAGCGAUAAUUUAUGGCCCAAGCGGCUCCGGUAAAACCUCUCUGGUGUAUGCGCUUGCGCGACGCUAUGGCAUGCACGUUCUGGAAUUGGCAUCGAAUGAGAAGAGAAAUGGUGCACAGCUAAAGUCAAAAUUACAGGGGGCAGCACACUCACACAAGUUUUCUACGGCCGCGGCUGCGAACUACGUUUUUCCAUUGGCAGCGCGGAAGAAUGAGCCAGCAGUGGUGGACUCGCUUAUCCUCAUCGACGACUGCGAUGUCGUUUACGAUGAACAAGACGAUGGAUUUUGGUACACACUGAAAAAUCUGUGCCGAGAGGCGCGCACACCUAUCAUUCUCACUUGUGAAGAUGUUGAUCUUGUUCACCGGGAGUUGGGCGCAGGCAUAUCAUUUCUCACAUGCGAACUAUCGAGACCUCAGCCUGAUACUGCCACAGGACAGCUAAAAGUUGCUUUCUUUGCAGUUUUUCUCAAACUAACAGUGUAUGCGCUUGCUCGACGCUAUGGCAUGCACGUUCUGGAAGUGGCAUCGAAUGAGAAGAGAAAUGGUGCGCAGCUGAAGUCAAAAUUACAGGGAGCAGCACACUCACACAAGUUUUCUACGGCCACGACUGCAAAUCACGUUUUUCCGUUGGUAGCGCGAAAGAACGAGCCAGCAGUGGUGGACUCGCUUAUCCUCAUUGACGACUGUGAUGUCGUUUACGAUGAACAAGACGAUGGAUUUUGGUACACACUGAAAAGUCUGUGCCGAGAGGCGCGCACACCUAUCAUUCUCACUUGUGAAGAUGUUGAUCUUGUUCGUCGGGAGUUGGGCGCAGGCAUAUCAUUUCUCACAUGCGAACUAUCGAGACCUCAGUCUGAUGCUGCCGCAGGACAGCUAAAAGUUGCUUUCUUUGCAGUUUUUCUCAAACUAACACUUCUAUGUGAUGCGGCCAAUCUGAAUGUAUCAGCAGCUGUUUGCGCAGCCCUAGUCGAAGAAUACAAGUGUGACUUGCGUGCCUGUAUUAAUCAUCUCCAAGAAGAUGAAUUUGAAGUGGAAUUUGAGAAAACAACUGCGCACGAAGCAGUGAGAGUUACACGCAUUGUGUUACCUGCGACUGAAUAUUUCCCGUUGUCAGAUGUGGUACUUGACUAUGUGCCGUACUUAUACAUAAUGAACGCAUCAUCGCUUGCUAAAAUAGCAGUUGCACGACGUGCGCAACAUUAUUUUGAUAAUUUUCGUGGUGAUUCACAACUGGAUCCCAGCGGAUCGAUGAGGGCUUCCUUACAGCUUUAUUCUUUCAAAUCUUUCUAA